CUAUAACUUGGUUGUUAGUUACCCAAGGCUGCAGGCGACCCAGCUUUUCUCCUCUCUCGCCCUGGUCGCACCAUGCUGCAGAGGUGACUUGUGCAGACAAGAUGGCUGCUGCACCAUCGUCUCGUCCGUUUGAAUAUCUCGAGAGCCUUCCUGGCACGGUCUUCUUCAAGCUUUACCAGCAGCCAUCAACCGCCCUCGCCAUCUUCAGGCGCAUGCUGCCUGACUUGGCAAAAUGUUUUGUGAUGGCCUUGCUGUACCUCAAGGAUCCGCUCCCCGCGGCGGAUCUGGAGGUCUGGGUGAAAUCCGAGAGCUUAAAGGAACGUGAUAAUGCGCUUUCGAUUCUCGGCCGGUUACAUAUCUUGUCGAAUACCGUCAUCGCAAACAAUGUGCGAGCGUACAUGGUCACGAACCCGUUCGCUGCCUCGCUGCGACACGCCCUCACGGGGGCCGAGCAGACCCAGUCCUUUGGCGUUCUGGCCCACCCGCCCAACGCGGCGGCGGUCUCCAUCGCCAACCUGGACGACUACGCGCGGCGGCAGUGGGAAGGCGUGCUGGGCUACAUGGUGGGGACGAGCGGGCUCGGGAUCCAGCGGGACGUCAACCUGAGCAAAGGGGUGAAACAGCUGCUGCAGGCGGGCCAUCUAGUGGAGAUCCGCGGCACGCGCGUGGACAUCACCAAGGACGGGUUCGCGUUCGUGCUGCAGGACGUCAGCACGCAGGUGUGGCACAUCCUGAUCCUGUACGUGGAGAGUGCCGAGGCGAUCGGCAUGGACAGCGUGGAGGUGCUCUCGUUCGUCUUCCUGCUGAGCAGCCUUGAGCUGGGCCAGUCGUACGAGAAGCGCCACCUGACGGCGAACCAGCUGCGCACGCUCGCCGACCUGGCCGACUUCGGCAUCGUCUACCAGGAGUCGCCCGAGGCGGCGCACUUCUACCCGACCCGGCUGGCGACGACGCUCACCUCGGACUCCAGCGCGCUGAGCAACCCCAUCGCCGGCUCGCUGGCCGGCAAUCCGACCGGCGAUCCUUCCUCCUCUUCCGCCGCAAACAAAGCCGGCACGGGCUUCAUCAUCAUCGAAACCAACUACCGGCUGUACGCCUACACCUCGUCGCCGCUGCAGAUCAGCCUCAUCGCCCUCUUCACCACCCUCAAGUACCGCUUCCCCAACCUGAUCACCGGCAAGAUCACCCGCCAGUCCAUCCGCCGCGCCGUCGAGAUGGGCAUCACCGCCGACCAGAUCAUCUCCUACCUGUCCACCCACGCCCACCCACAGAUGCGCAAGCACAACACCUCCCGCUCCACCUCCAAUCAGGCCGGCAUCCCCCAGUCCAUUCUGCCCCCCACCGUUGUCGACCAGAUCCGCCUCUGGCAGCUCGAGCGCGACCGCGUCCAGGCCACCGCCGGCUUCCUGUUCAAGGACUUCGUCAGCCUGGCCGAGUACGAGGCCCCCUGCCGCUAUGCCGAGGAGAUCGGCGUGCUCGUCUGGAAGUCGGACCGCAAGCGCAUGUUCUUCGUGACCCGACACGAACAGGUGGCCGCUUUCUUACGGAGUCGGAAGUGAAAAAGGUUCUACAUGAGUUUGUUAAAGGAUGCUCAUUUUGAGGGUGGUCUGGCGUUUCACGGCUUAAACGCUUUACUGUUGACGAGAGAAGAUCUUAUUGAUGAUCUGGUAUCAGGGCUUAUAGAUAGGUACCGCGGGGAAAUGUAUCAUAGGAGAAAUAUCUUGAUGACUAGGAAUCAAACAACAUGC